GUCAGUGUGUGUUAUUUGUUCUGCUCGUUUUAUCCAUUUUCUUACAAUAUAAUCUAGUUGAACCAGUCAGCCAUGGCACAGUGUCGUCAAAAUUAUCAUGAAGAAUGUGAGGCGGCGGUAAAUAAGCAGAUAAAUUUGGAAUUGUAUUCCAGCUAUGUUUACCUUUCAAUGGCACUCCACUAUGACCGUGAUGAUAUCUCUUUAGGCGGUGCAUGCAAGUUUUUCAAGAAGUCUUCAGACGAAGAAAGAGAACAUGCAGAGAAGCUUAUGAAAUUUCAAAACAAGCGAGGUGGCCGUAUUGUUCUACAGGAUGUCAAGAAGCCUCAAAAAGAUGAAUGGGGCACUUUAUUGCAAGCUUUUGAGACUGCAUUAGAUUUAGAAAAACUUGUCAAUCAAGCAUUGUUGGACUUGCACGAAUUGGCUUCUAAACAUGGAGAUUCCCAUAUGUCUGAUUUUAUUGAAGAAACAUUCCUUUGUGAACAAGUUGAGAGCAUGAAGGAGAUCUCAGAUCAUAUUACCAAUUUGAAACGAGUUGGACCUGGCUUGGGCGAAUAUACCUAUUGCAAAGAUUUAUCAUCGUAAAAGCUUGACCAUUUGAGAUGGAGAUGAACAGUGAAAAGUUACAUGUAGUAUUAUGUAGUAAUGAUUAGUAUUAGUUGAUACUGGCAAUGAGCUUACGGUAGUAAAGUAAUUUCUCAACUAAAAUCAUGAAACCAUUUGUUCAUGUCAAAUCAAUAGUCCUUUUUGAAGAUGGCAUUGUGUUCAGCCAACUGUUCUGGUAUUUUUUGGGGGUCAAAUUCAGAUAGAAUGUAUUAUGUACGAUUGAAUAUUCUUUGUUUUCACCUUGUUUGUUGUAUGUCGUUAUUACACUUUGAUGCAAGUUUAGCAAAGAUCUUUUUCAAUGGGCACACUUCCUUUCAUUUUGUCAUUCCAUUUAUGUAACUGAAUAUUGCAUAUUA